AUGGACGGUGUGGGGGACCGAUUUGGCAGCUGGGUCCUCUCAGGCUGUGCCAUCAUAGUUCGAGGCCAGCCCCGCGGAGGGCCGCCUCCCGAGAGACAGAUCAAUCUCAGCAACAUACGAGCCGGGAACCUCGCCCGCCGGGCAGCUGCAGCCCAGCCAGAGGGCAAGGACACCCCCGAUGAGCCCUGGGGGUUCCCCGCCCGCGAAUUCCUGCGGAAGAAGCUCAUCGGGAAGGAGGUUUGCUUCACGGUGGAGUACAAGACCCCGCAAGGCCGGGAGUAUGGGAUGGUGUACCUGGGCAAAGACGCAGCUGGGGAGAACAUUGCGGAGUCGCUGGUGGCGGAAGGCUUGGCGAGUCGCCGGGAAGGGGUCCGUGCCAACAACCCGGAACAGAACAGACUGGCUGAGCUGGAAGGCCAGGCCCGGAUUGCCAAGAAGGGAACCUGGAGCGACGGGACCGGCUCACACACCAUCCGUGACCUCAAGUACACCAUUGAGAACCCCCGACACUUUGUCGACUCCAUGCACCAGAAGCCCGUCAACGCCAUCAUCGAGCACGUCCGGGACGGCAGCGUCGUGCGCGCCCUGCUCCUCCCUGACUACUACCUGGUCACCGUCAUGCUCUCCGGCAUCAAGUGCCCCACGUUCAAGCGGGAAGCAGACGGCACGGAGACGCCGGAGCCUUUUGCGGCAGAAGCCAAGUUCUUCACGGAGUCCCGGCUGCUGCAGAGAGACGUGCAGAUCGUCCUGGAGAGCUGCCACAACCAGAAUAUCCUGGGCACCAUCCUGCACCCG